AUGGAGACGGUGAACGCUCAGCCACUGCAAGCGAGGGCUUACGAGGGGGAAGAUCAACUGGUGCAUGUACCGGCAGAGUUGGAAGGCGACUAUGACGAAGGAGGUGGUGCUAAAGCGGCCAUGAAUGGAGGGGACCAAGCUCGGAUGAGCUCUGGAGUAACUAUGAGUCGCUGCAAUUCGGCUCUGCCUUCUCGGACCAGUGAGCUCACCAUCGCCUUCGAGGGCGAGGUCCACGUUUUUCCCGCGGCUACCCCCGAUAAGGUGCAAGCAGUGCUUUUGCUAUUGGGAGGGCGUGAUAUAUCCAGCAGUUUCCCCAGUUCUGAGUCUCUGCUAGAAAGCAAUAGCGGGGCGACAUCUCACAAAAUUCAAAACUUUCACGAAGAACUGCAUCUCUUGUUAAGUUCCGUGAAAAACGGAAAGAGAGAUGCUUUGAAAAGAAAAUUCGAUACACUUGUUGAAAAGAGGUUGCUCAGAGGUAUGAAACCUGUCUUGAUAACUUUCGUCAUAUUGCAUGGUGUUGAUUAUUUCUCUGGAUGUUAUAGUGAUUGCAUGCAGCUCCUUGUUGAAAUAUUCUGGUGGUUUACUCAGAAAUGGUUCUCCAAAACUAUGGUUGGAACAAUACAGCUGUGA